AUGGUCGCUUGCACCAACUUGAGGCUUUCGGCGGCGGCGCUCCUGGCAGCGCUGGCCGCGGCGGCCACCGUCUGCUCGGCGCAGCAGCUCCGUCGCAACUACUACGCUGGCGUGUGCCCAAACGUGGAGUCCAUCGUCCGCGACGCGGUGACGAAGAAGUACCGGGAGACGUUCAUCACGGUGGGCGCGACGGUGCACCUCUUCUUCCACGACUGCUUCGUGGAGGGCUGCGACGCCUCGGUGGUGGUGGCCUCCACGCCCAACUCCACCGCGGAGAAAGACCACCCCGUGAACCUCUCCCUGGCCGGCGACGGCUUCGACACCGUGAUCCGCGCCAAGGCGGCCGUCGACGCGGUGCCGCGGUGCCGGAACCGGGUCUCCUGCGCCGACAUCCUCGCCAUGGCCACCCGCGACGCCAUCGCGCUGGCCGGCGGGCCGUCGUACGCGGUGGAGCUCGGCCGCCUCGAUGGACUCUCCUCCGCGGCGACCAGCGUGGACGGGAAGCUGGCGCCGCCGACGUUCGACCUGGACCAGCUCACCGCGCUGUUCGCGCGCAACGGGCUGUCGCGGGCCGACAUGGUGGCGCUGUCGGCCGGGCACACCGUGGGGUUCGCGCACUGCGGCACGUUCGCCGCGCGAAUCCGCGGGGGGGCGGCGGCGCCGGACCCGACGCUGAACCGGAGCCUCGUGGAGAAGCUGGCGGCGUGGUGCCCCGACGGCGUGGACCCCCGCGUGGCGGUGACCAUGGACGUGGUGACGCCGCGGGUGUUCGACAACCAGUACUUCCGGAAUUUGCAGGUCGGGAUGGGCCUCCUGGCGUCGGACCAGCUGCUGUACACGGACUCCAGGUCACGGCCCAUUGUGGACGCGUUGGCGCGGAGUAGCGUGGCGUUUGAACGGGCCUUCGUGGAAGCGAUCACGAAGAUGGGCCGGAUCGGGGUCAAGACGGGGGCCCAAGGGAACAUCCGACGUAACUGCGCAGUGCUCAAUUGA